AUGGCAAGGAAGCCGCAUGGCAAGGAAGCCGCAUGGCAAGGAAGCCGCAUGGCAAGGAAGCCGCAUGGCAAGGAAGCCGCAUGGCAAGGAAGCCGCAUGGCAAGGAAGCCGCAUGGCAAGGAAGCCGCAUGGCAAGGAAGCCGCAUGGCAAGGAAGCCGCAUGGCAAGGAAGCCGCAUGGCAAGGAAGCCGCAUGGCAAGGAAGCCGCAUGGCAAGGAAGCCGCAUGGCAAGGAAGCCGCAUGGCAAGGAAGCCGCAUGGCAAGGAAGCCGCAUGGCAAGGAAGCCGCAUGGCAAGGAAGCCGCAUGGCAAGGAAGCCGCAUGGCAAGGAAGCCGCAUGGCAAGGAAGCCGCAUGGCAAGGAAGCCGCAUGGCAAGGAAGCCGCAUGGCAAGGAAGCCGCAUGGCAAGGAAGCCGCAUGGCAAGGAAGCCGCAUGGCAAGGAAGCCGCAUGGCAAGGAAGCCGCAUGGCAAGGAAGCCGCAUGGCAAGGAAGCCGCAUGGCAAGGAAGCCGCAUGGCAAGGAAGCCGCAUGGCAAGGAAGCCGCAUGGCAAGGAAGCCGCAUGGCAAGGAAGCCGCAUGGCAAGGAAGCCGCAUGGCAAGGAAGCCGCAUGGCAAGGAAGCCGCAUGGCAAGGAAGCCGCAUGGCAAGGUAGCCGCAUGGCAAGGUAGCCGCAAGGCAAGGUAG